UUGAAAAACUUUUUACAAAUUCUACAAAAACUAAUUUCUUUUGUAGAGCUUUAUCUACCAAUGGUUUUAAAGAAUUAGGAAUGGAUAAAGUUGGAAUUGUUUUUAAUAGAGAUUUUGAUAGUUGGAAAUAUAAUCGUAGAAUUUUAAAUUAUACUCUUUCAAAUGUUAAAGUUUUAAAAGGUUAUAUGGAAGCUGUUAAAAAAUUAUUUAUAGAAAUUGAAGGUUAUUGGAAUGAUUUAAAUAAUGAAAUUAAUAAUGAUUCAAAAGAUGUUAAUGAAUUUGUUCUUGAUUUUAGUCAAUGGAUGAGAAGAUUUAUUACUGAUCUCGCUUUAAAUAUGAAUUUUGGUGAUCAUGCUUUUAGUAUGGCUGCUUAUUUUAAUUCUCUUAGCAAAUUUAAAAAGCAACCAACUCAUGAAAUUAUUGAAUCGGAAAAAUUCAUUAAAAGUCUCGUAACUUGGGUAAAACAUAUGAUAUUCAUGACGUUUUGUCCCUCGAAUUUCAUUCGUCAUUAUAUCCCUCCAUUAUCUUUUUUUCAACUAAGAUUCCAAUUAAAUUAUAAUUGGUUAACCAAUGAAUUUUCUAGAAUCAUUCAAAAACGUAUGAAAGAAUUUGAAAAUGUAUCUUUGGAUAAACUUAAUACUAAUGAUGUUUUAGAUACAUUAUUAACUGUUAACAAAGCUCAAGAUUUAAAAAAUAAUGAUGAAAAAGCUAUAAAACCAAUGGACGAAAGAGAAAUUUUUGGUGUUUUACUUGAAUUUUUUGUUGCGGGUGUUGAAACGGUGUUAAGUCUUACAUGCUUCAUUGUUUAUUAUGUAUGUAAGCAUCCUUCGGUAAAAGAAAAACUUAUUCAAGAACUUGAUUCACUAUUUCCUAUUACAUUACCGUCAAGUGAUAUCACUUAUGAAAAACUUAUGAAUAAUCUUCCUUAUUUGGAUGCGAUUAUAAAAGAAACAAGUCGUUUAAAAACAAAUCCUCCAAUUAAUCCUCGAGAACUUUAUGAACAAGAUGAAAUUGGUGGAUAUAUAAUUCCAAAAUCUACUACGAUACUUGCUUGUGUAGAUGCUAUUCAUUUACAUAAAGAUUAUUGGGAAAAGCCUACUGAAUUUAUUCCUGAAAGAUUCUUAUCUAAUGAUUACCCUUUAUCAAUGUCUCAAAAAUUAUUUACGUUUGGUGGCGGAUUAAGAGGUUGUGUUGGUAAACAAUUGGCAAUGGUUGAAAUGAAAACUAUUUUGGUUUUAUUAUUUAAGAAGUAUGAUGUUGAAUUAGUAAAUAAAAAUGUGGAUGCAAAAGAUAAAACUUAUCUUCUUAAUAGUUGUAAUCGAUUGAUGAUUAGGCUUAAACCCAGAAAAGGAGAGUAG